AUGUGCCUUCCACAAGAUGCUAUUUGCGACGGCGUGCGGGACUGCCCAGGCGGCGAAGACGAAAAAGAUUGCAAGGAUAUCGAUGAAUGCAGCGGUUCUGCCAGGAUGUGCAAAGCGGAGGGGAAGUGCCUCCCCGCCCGCAAGAUUUGCGAUGGCGUCAAGGAUUGCACCGAUGGAUCUGACGAACAGGAUUGCAACUGUUACAAAUGCUCGGGCACCGGCAAGAACCUCUGCGACGACGGCACUUGCAUCACGAUGGAUAAGCUUUGCGAUGGGGCGGUCGACUGCGGCAACGGCUUCGACGAGCAGGGAUGCCCA